AUGAUUGACGGUGGCUUGAUCGACGAUGGGGUCAGGGACAGUGUUUUUCCCUUGAUUGAUGGGAAAAAUAUUGAUGAUUUAAAAGUAGUCGACUUGAAGAAAGCAUUGGGACUGAGGGGGCUAAAGAAAUCAGGUCUAAAGGGUGAACUAAAAGAAAGACUUCGCCAGGACAUUAUUAGUCACUCUGUAGAAUCCCUUAGUGAUACGUCAAUUUCAUCCGAAGAACAUAAUGGAACCUCGACAAUCCUUCCAAAUCUACCUAGCUUUAAACCUAUAAACCAUUCUUCAGGUUUUAGGGUUUAUUCGACAGAGGGAAAAUUGUUCUGUGACUUCUUUGAUUCGGCAUAUGAUGAGGCGGUGAAAUGGCGGAAGAAUGUAUUUAAAAUUCCUUCAGGGAAAGCGGGCAAAGAAUUCAUCAAAUUACAAUCACAAUGGCUAUCUAAAUUUAAUAAUGAAGAUAGUUUUAUGGGUAUAUCAUUGAAGGUUUUUAUGACCCUUCCAAUGAUUCUUCUGCAAAAGCCCUCAGUAUCGUCAAAAGCAAAGGAACAUUCGCAAGCCUUGAACCGUAGAAUCAAAUGGCUAAAAGAUGGUGAAUUACAGCGUCUGCUUUCAGAAUCUCGUUCUAUCCAACGUCAAUUACGACCAAAGACAUCCUCGGACAAUCUGUCUAAAACUUUUGCAAAGUUAAUCAUGAUGGGAAACGUUAAUGCUGCUCUUCGUCUUCUUAGCGAAGAAUCUGAUGGCUGUGUCCUACCAUUAUCCGAGGAAGUCCUUCGAAAUCUGCAGGAAAAGCAUCCAGCCCCUGCAGAUAUACAACCAAGUAGCUUACUCCAUGGUCCCAUUAUUGACCUUCGCAAUAUAUCUAUAGCAGUUGAUGAGCAAACUAUACUAACUGCUGUGAAAACACUAAAGGGAGCUGCGGGUCCCUCUGGCCUCGACGCUAAUCAGUAUAUUCGUAUGCUUUGCUUAAAGCAAUUUCACCGUGAAGGUAAAUGGCUGCGUGAACAAAUUGCUUUGUUUGCUGUGAAAAUAGCAACAGAAAGUCUGGAUCCCUUCUGCCUGGAAGCAUAUGUUGCCAAUAGACUUAUCCCCUUAGACAAGUCCCCUGGUAUACGACCCAUCGGUAUUGGUGAGAUUAUGAGGCGCUUGGUUGGGAAAGCGCUAACAAAGGAAUUCAAGCAAGAUUUCAAAGAAGCGACUGGUCCGAUUCAAGUCUGUGCUGGGCAUGAAGCUGGAGCAGAAGCAGCCAUCCAUGCUAUGCAGCAAGUAUGGGAAGAGAAAAACACGGAAGGGAUCUUACUGAUUGAUGCAAGUAAUGCAUUUAAUUCACUAAAUCGUCAAGUUGCUCUUCAUAACAUUUUGUUAUUAUGCCCAAGACCAGCGAUAUCCAUAAUUAAUACGUAUCGAAACCCCGCGAGGCUAUUUAUUGUGGGCGGAG